AUUUAUCCACAAAAUUUUAUUCAAUUUUCUCUUUUAAAUCCUACCAUUAUUUCCUCCUCGAAAUACCCACAGAAGUGACGAUCAACAGUACUAAAUCAUUUAAAACCGAUCAUCGUACCCCAUCUACUAACUACGACAUAAACAUGGUCGACAGGGAUCGUGAACGAGCAUCAUUCUCACCUAAACCUAUCAUCCACGAGGGAUGUGUGUCCACCAUAGAGUACACAACACACCAACGCCACCGAGUGAGCGAUUGCCGAAAUGAGGAUUGUUCGUGACGUCUACCUGUUCAAUGUGUAACGCGAGUGAAACGAACAGAGACAGCGCAACGAGACACGUAGACGCAACAGAGACAUACGUACAUACAGGGAAUCAGACUUAUCGGUGGAUGAUAAUUUGUGAAAUAAAGAGAGACAGAGUAAACGCUCAAUACAAGGAUAUCUAUACGAUCUGUCACUUUCCAAAAUACACGAGAGAAACAUAAGCACGGUGAUCACGCUUGGUUACGAAAGAAACACAUAGCCACAAAAGAUUGAUCCUAUUGAUACUUCGCAAAAGAGAAACGUAUAAACAUAAGAGAGACGUAUCGAAACCAACUUGUGACCAACCAGGGAAUUGGGCUAUCGGUAUAGUCGCGAAAAGAGAGAGAGGAUACAGAUUGAAACGGAGUAAGCCAACACAAGUAAGCGUUAUAUCGGGCUAUAUCGCCCGGAUGGUUAUUCGCAAAAGACAGAGAAACGCGUAAACAGAAGGGAGACGUAGACGACGACGCAUCGAAACGGCCAACGUAGGAAACCGAACGGUGGAUAUUUCGGUUUGCGAAACAAGGAGGAGAGACACGUUGAAACGGUGGAUGGAAUUGGGCUAUCGCUAGGUGUUAGUUCGCGAAACGAAGAGAGAGACAGAGAUAGGCACACGAGUAAGGUGUUAGUUCGCGAAACAAAGAGAGAGAGAGAGAGAUAGACACACGAGUAAGGUGUUAGUUUGGGAAGGAAAGAGAGAGAGAGAGAGAUAGGCACACGAGUAAGGUGUUAGUUUGGGAAGGAAAGAGAGAGAGAGAGAGAUAGACACACGAGUAAGGCGUUAGUUUGGGAAGGAAAGAGAGAGAGAGAGAGAGAGAGAGAGAAGCAAGCGAGAUAGCAGCGAGCAGGGCUAUCGGUAGGUGGGUAGUUUGCGCUUGGCGGGUGGAAAAGCGGGCGCAAAUGCUAAUGAGGGUCGGUUUAGGUGGGUUUGAGCCGGGGUUGGGGGUGGAGGUGGACGGUGGUGGAAACGGGAGGGGCGAGGGAGAGGAAGAGGCGAGGGCGUAGCGGAAACGCCUACGAGGGCGCGGAUUGGCCGGCGUCCGAAUGGCGUCCUGAGGGACGCGUGGCGUCGCGACGCCGAGCGCCAAGGCUACCACCUAGAACCACCACCGUGCACCCCCUCGAGGUGCUCUCCGUCCUCGGCGACGAGGUCGACGCGUCGUCGCGCGAGUCUUCUCCGCGAGGAUGGAGCAGCUCGCCCAGUUCGUCUCCAAGAGCUUCGACAACGCGGCUGGCGAACACGCGGCAUGCAGGACAACCACCGAACGGCCACCCUCCGCGAGGAUCACCCUCAGUGUCGCGCAUUUGCUCGGCGAUCCUGCGGAGAACGAAUCGAAUGUCGGCGCAGCGACACGCGAAUCGGUGCAGGAUCCGUCGAGCGUCGAGGGGAGCAGCGUGGACGAGCCGCCGUCGCCGGAAGGCCGCCUCCAACCGGAAGACCUCUCGGUCACGACCAAGAGCAAGGAGGCGAAGGAAGCGACGACCGACGCCCUGCCGCCCCUCAAGACGCCCGAACUGAAGCUGUCCGUGAGGAAAUUGUUGGGAUGCAGCCCGUCGCCCCCGCCCAUCUCCCGCGAUCGGUCGGCCAGCCCUGAAAAUUGCGUCGAGUCGAAGAGUCACGCUUCCAUCAACGACGCGAAAUCCUCCGAUUUGAAGAUCGCACAGGCGCAGGUUUCCAAGUCGUUGAUGCAGGAGGAAGGUGGCAAAGGAUCGAAUUGCCGGAACAGCGGUAACGGGAACGGGAAACAGAGAAGAUCCCGAACGAAUUUCACUUUGGAACAAUUGGCCGAGUUGGAAAGAUUGUUCGACGAGACUCAUUAUCCCGACGCGUUCAUGAGGGAGGAACUUAGCCAGAGACUCGGUUUGAGCGAGGCCAGGGUUCAAGUUUGGUUCCAGAACAGGCGUGCCAAGUGUCGCAAGCACGAGAGCCAAUUGCACAAAGGGGUUGCAGGUGGAAUGGUGCUGGCGCCUCGCAGCCCCCCGGCCACGUUGGAGCCGUGUCGAGUGGCGCCCUACCUUCCCGCGUUGAGGUUGCACCCCCCGAUCCAGGGUGCAGGUGGCAACAUAACGACCGCGCCAGCCUCUGCCUUCGAUCCGGCCGUCCUCCAUUACGCGGCUGCCGGCGGCCUCUUCUGCCUCCCGCCCCCGCCGCCCCCGCCGCCGCCGCCCGCCGCGAGCCACCAUCCUCCCCACCCCCUCAGCCUCGCGGCCUCGUUGGCCGCGGCCGCGGCGCGCUCCAAGAACAGCAGCAUCGCCGAUCUCAGGUUGAAGGCGAGACGCCACCAGGAAGCCCUUGGACUCGACAGGCCCGCGUAAAAACGAAUCUGUCCAUCUCUCUUCCUCUCUCUUAAGAGUCUUCUUUGUCAUUGUGGUGAGUAUGCUAGGAGAGAGGAGAGGAGAGGAGGAGAGAUUGUGAGAUGAAAUUUUUGUUCGUAUAAGAUAAUAAAUUGGGAGGAGAGAUUUAUCUUGCAAAUUGGUUUAAUUUGGGACUCGUUGUUUUUACGAACAGCGUAUAUAUAUAUAUAUAUACACAGGGAAUGAAAUAUUUAAAUUGUGGAUAUUGGUUGAGAAAAAUUCGUAUCAUUUGUUCGAAAGGAUAAUUUGUAAGGAUACUCUGCGUGUCCGACAAGUACAAACGGAGGUCUCGAUGUGUAUAAAGUGAACGAAGGGUGGGGGAGAAGUGUGUAUUAUACAAUAUAAAGUAUUAUAUAUAUAUAUAAAUAUAUAUAAAUAUAAAUAGUAGAGGGUGGGAAGGGCGAGCGGAAUCUCUGGUAGGAAAUCAUCCUAUUGAUUGCACUUGGAUUAAAUUUUUCUCAAGCUUCGAGGAAAUUUGCGAGAUGUUCGAAUAUAUUCGAAUAUUUUCGGCGCGAAAUUCAAAUUGAAAAAUGGAUUCGAUUCUGGCGCCCGUGUUGAGGCUGUUCUUGGAUACAUGAUUGUCACUGUAUACUAUUAGCUUUAAAAUAUAUAAACUUGAAUCAUCGAAAA